AUGCGCGAAUACAAAAUAGUCGUUCUGGGUAGCGGGGGCGUGGGAAAAUCCGCCCUGACAGUACAAUUUGUACAAGGCAUCUUUGUGGAGAAAUACGACCCCACCAUCGAAGACAGCUAUCGGAAACAAGUAGAAGUUGACGGACAGCAAUGCAUGCUCGAAAUUCUAGACACGGCCGGAACGGAGCAGUUUACCGCUAUGAGAGAUUUAUAUAUGAAAAACGGACAGGGGUUUGUCUUAGUAUACUCUAUAACAGCCCAAUCGACUUUCAACGACUUACAAGAUUUGAGGGAACAGAUUCUGCGGGUGAAGGACAAGGUGGAUGUACCAAUGGUGUUGGUUGGCAACAAGUGUGACCUGGAGGCGGAGCGCGUGGUUGGCAAGCAACAGGGCGCGAACCUCGCAAACCAUUUCGACUGCGUCUUCAUGGAGACCUCCGCGAAGGCUAAAAUCAGUGUGAACGAAGUGUUCUACGAUCUAGUGCGACAGAUUAACAAAAAAUCACCCAAGGAGGAAAAAAACAAGAAGAAACCAAGAUUAUGUCGCAUGCUGUAA